AUGUGUGGCAGAACAGCUUGUUCCUUGAGAAAGGAAAGUAUAUUGGAACGUCUGGCGUCGCAAUUCAAUGGUAAGAAGAAAUUUGAAUGGCGGUCUGCUCAGUCGGUGGGUGAUUUUGCUCCCUCAUUUAACAAAGCCCCUGGAAGUUUCAAUCCUGUCAUAAUCUCAUCAUCACAUUUAAAUUCUGCAUUUGAGUGCAAUGCACAGUUGGGGAUCGUUCAGGUUAUGCUCUGGGGUCUCAUUCCCUCAUUUGUGUCAAAUACACUACAGCAGGCCUCAUCCGGAAACAAGUUCGCCACAACAAAUGCCAGAGCUGAGAAUAUUCUUGAACGACCAUCCUAUAUGGACUGCAUCAAGCACCGUCGAAGAUGCGUUAUAUUGGCACAGGGUUUUUACGAAUGGAAGAAACUUGAAGGGGGCAAAAAAACACCGUUCUUCAUCUCCCUUCCUGGAGAGAGUGAGCCGCUUAUGCUUCUAGCUGGCUUCUUUUCUGUGAAUAGGGAAAAAUCACUCUUCUCUUACAGCAUUAUUACAACAGGGGCUGUUAAUGAAGUGGCAAAUAUACAUGAUCGUAUGCCGGUCAUUUUCCGGGACCCUGAAGACAUAUUCGAGUGGAUUAAUCCAGAAUUGUGUUCGCCUGUUUCUGUGAGCUUGUUAACAUUGCUCAUUUUAUCUCCCACCGUGAGGUUUCUACAACAACUGAUAAAUAAGUUGAAACUACUCGAAUUGAAGAUAUACCCUGUCACCCCCUUGAUGAAUUCUACUUCAUUUGACUGUCCUCAGUGUAUUGAGCCUUUGGACCAUUCAAAACCGUGUGUUUAUGCGCGUUCGGUUCGGGACUGCCCAAAGGACAGAAAGAUUGCCCAAUUCUUCACUAUGAAACGAAAAAUUUUCGAAAACACUGAAUCCACACUUGAGGAGGAACCCACUUCGAAAAAGAGACUUGAGGAUUUGUAA